GGAUGUUGUGUAAUUUGGGUGAAAGAGGAGGAAGAGGAGGAGGCAGAUUUAUUUGACAGAUCGGAGAAGACCCGGACAGGAGUUAGCAGCCAUGGAGCUGGUCGUUCUGUCAGGAGGAGUUCUGGUCGUUCCUGUCCUCGCCUUCAUCACCUCUUUCCUGUUCUGGCCCGGAGCGCUGUUAAAGAUCUACAACUGGUACUGGCGUUGCAGGCUCGGCCUGGUGGUCCGAUACUCUCACAGCGGGAGUUAUCGCUUCUGCUAUUCCAGCCGAGGGAAGCGGGGCGCCACGCCAUCUGUGCUGCUGCUGCACGGCUUCUCUGCCACCAAAGACAUGUGGCUGCCCAUCAUCAAGUAUCUCCCCAAAGGUCAGCACGUGGUGUGUGUGGACAUGCCAGGUCAUGAGGGGACGACCCGGACCGGAGUGGAGGACUACAGCAUCACGGGCCAGGUCGGCCGAAUACAGCAGUUUGUGAAGAGCAUCAGUCUCGAUAAAAGACCAUUCCACUUGGUAGGGACGUCGAUGGGCGGGAACGUCGCCGGCGUCGCUGCUGCUCAUCACCCCUCUCACCUGUGCAGCGUCACCUUGAUCUGCCCGGCAGGUCUGGUUUAUCCCACAGAGACUCCAUUCAUCAGCCGUCUGAGGGAGCUGGAGAAGAGUGAGAAGGAGGAGUCAAUCCCUCUCAUCCCAUCGACUCCUCAGGAGCUGGAGGACAUGCUGAGACUCUGCUGCUACACGCCCAUCAACCUCCCCCGACAGGUCCUGCGAGGUCUUCUCGACAACAGGAUCCCCAACAAUGGUUUCUAUAAAGAAGUGUUCAUGGAGAUCGUCGGGGAGAAGUCUCGUCACUCUCUGCAGGACAACUUGCAUCUGAUCAAAACACCCAUGCAGGUCAUCUGGGAGGAGGAUCAGGUGGUGCACUCGUCCGGUGCGACGGUCCUGCAGGCGGCGCUGCCUCACUGUCAGGUGGAGGUGUUGGAGAACUGUGGUCACUCUGUGGCGUUGGAGCGGCCCAGGAAGGCCGCAAACCUCAUCAUGGACUUCCUGUCUGCAGGAGAAGUCAACGAUGACGACGCCAAGAAACUGUCCUGAAGUUGACUCUUGAACUUUCAUGUUGACCCCUGACUUCGGGGUGAAGACGCCGGAAUGAAGACGAGGGGGGAAGUGAUGAAGAAAAUGAAGUAGAUUGAGAUGAUCUAUUUUCUAGUUUGAUAAAAGAGUUUUCUAUCCUGGCAUGAACUUCUGUGAAAAUUGAAAUCAAUGUACAAACAGGGGCUGACUGUCAGACGUUCCUUCACACACACACUCAGACACACAAAUGCUCAGAGCCACGAGAAACACACGCACACACACACAUCACGUAGGAGCCUGUUUAUCAAUUCAAUCUCUGUUUUAGAUGUUGAUGUCAUAUGAAACCAUUCCAUGUUGGGAUUUUGCACAUUUCUCUUUAAGAAAAACUGUAUUUUGAUCUCUUAUUUUGUGUUCAUGAGGGGUGUGUUUGUGAGUCAAACAUCCGUCUUUGAUUUGAUAUAUUUAACUUCAUAAACAUUCAGAUUUAUUUAAGGUCUGUGAGGUAAUUCUAUGAUUCCAGCACCAGAACAAAGAGUCUCUAUACUUGGACUGACGAAAUAAAUCUUAUAUUUCAAAAA